AUGAGGUUUGAUCAGAUCCUGGACGAUGUCGGCGGUUUCUCUAAGUACCAGUUCCUGGUGCUGUCCAUCCUUUGCCUCCCUCGCUCCAUCCUUCCUCUCCACUUCCUGCUGCACAACUUUGUCUCCGCUACGCCUCCUCACCGCUGCGCCCUCGGGAGCCAGGAGGACGGCUCCGGCCCCGAGGCGCUGGCCCUCAGGAUCCCCCGCAGAGACGAUGGCUCCUUCAGCUCCUGUAAGGUCUACGCCCCCCCGCUGACCUCUGACCUCAGCCACGGGAACACCACGGCUCCUUGUCCACACGGCUGGAUCUACAACCAAUCACAGCUCAGCUCCACCACCGUCACUGAGUGGGAUUUGGUCUGCGAUGACAAACAGCUCAAUCAAGCUCUGGCUUCGUACUUCUUCAUCGGAGUGACGUUUGGAGCCAUUCUGUUCGGACAGCUGUCUGACAAGUUUGGUCGUAAGUCGAUGUUUCUGGUGGCGUUGGUCACCGCCACCAUGCUGAGUAUGACCUCCGCCUUCUCCACCUCCUACGUCAUGUUCGCUGUCACCAGAGCGCUCUGUGGCGUCUCGCUCAGCGGACUCUCCAUCAUCGGCGUCGUCCUCGGUAUCGAGUGGACAGGCGUGAAGCACCGAACCUUCAGCGGAACCAUCAUGAGUCUGUCGUGGAGCGUUGGGAACAUGGUUCUGGCUCUGCUCGCCUACUUCAUCCGAGACUGGAGACACCUGACGCUGGCGGUGACGGCGCCUUGCAUCGCCGCCAUCAUCUCCUGGUGGUGGCUGCCUGAGUCGGCCCGCUGGCUGCUAGCUAACGGACGGGUGGAGGAAGCUCGGAAGUUUCUGGUUCAGUGCGCAAAGAUGAACGGCAGGAACACAUCGAACCUCAACUCUGAGACUUUGGGGAAGGUGACUGUGACCGAGGUUGCUGAGAAAACUCAUUCCUACCUGGAUCUGGUGAAAACGCCCCAGCUAAGGAAGAUCUCCCUCAUCUCCGGACUCUUCUGGUUCUCCGUGUCCUUCCUGUACUACGGGAUCAGCUUCAGGAUCUCAGGUUUCGGCGUCAGCAUCUACCUCACACAGUUCAUCUACGGAGCCAUCGAAGCUCCCGCCAAAAUCCUGACCUUCUUUACGUUGAACUGGAUCGGGCGACGGAACGGCCAGGCCGGGUUUCUGAUCGCAACCGGAGCUCUGAUUGGAGUAAACACGGCCAUUCCUUUAGAGUUCACGGUGGUUCGGAUGUGCGUCGCUGUGGUGGCGAAGGGUUUCUCCGAGGCGGCGUUCACCACGGCGUUCCUCUACUCAGCCGAACUUUACCCGACCGUCCUCAGGCAGUGUGGGAUGGGCUACACCUCGUGCCUCUGCCGGGUCGGCAGCUCUCUGGCUCCGAUGGUCAUGCUGCUGGAGGACGCGUGGCUCCUGCUGCCGCCGCUGAUCUUUGCUGGGACGGGGAUCGUCAGCGGCUGCUUGGUCUUCCUGCUGCCAGAGACGCUCAACGUGCCUCUGCCCGAAAACAUCCUCGACGUGGAGGAAGGAAGACACAGGCAGACUGACCCGAACAGACGAGUGAACAUGGAGUUCAACAUGAAUCCAUCAGACUCAGCAGACUCUCAGGAUUAG